AACUGAAGCUUUAGGAGACCUCUGAAAGAGAACCUGUAGGUUUCAGCGCUUACCACCAAUGGCCAAUCUGAGGGGCAGUGUUGUUACUAAUGGGACUCUUCACAAUCCCAAGACUCAGCAGCACAAAUGGCAAAGCACUGACUGUGUGAAAAAUGGAAUCCCCAAAGAAGCCCAGCAAAAUAGGAAGCCACCUUUUUGUGAUAAGCCCAUCUUUGAGUCCUACCCAGAACCACCAUUGUAUGUCUUGGUUUUGACUUACAUGGGAUAUGGAAUUGGAACCUUAUUUGGCUACCUUAGAGACUUUAUGAGAAGCUGGGGAAUGGAAAAAUGCAAUGCAGCUGUAGAGCGAGAAGAACAAAAAGAUUUUGUGCCACUGUACCAGGACUUUGAGAAUUUUUAUAAGAGGAACCUUUACAUGAGAAUCAGAGACAGCUGGAAUCACACCAUCUGCAGUCCCCCAGGGCCUUACUUUGACAUAAUGGAAAAAGUGUCUGAUGACUAUAACUGGACAUUCAGGCAUACUGGAAGAGUUUUCAAGGAUGUUGUCAACAUGGGCUCCUACAACUACCUUGGGCUUGCAGUCAAGUAUGAUGAGUCAAUGAAUACAGUAAAAGAUACUUUAGAAAAGUAUGGUGUAGGUGUGACCAGUACCAGACAUGAAAUGGGUACAUUGGAUAAGCAUAAGGAGCUGGAGGAUCUCUUUGCCAAGUUCUUGAAUGUAGAAGCAGUGAUGAUCUUCGGGAUGGGAUUCGCAACCAACUCAAUGAAUAUCCCUAUACUUGUUGGAAAGGGAUGCCUCAUUUUAAGUGAUGAGUUCAACCACACAUCUAUCAUCCUGGGGGCUCGACUCUCAGGUGCAACAAUAAGACCCUUCAAACACAACAAUGUACAAAGCCUAGAGAAGCUCCUGAGGGAAUCUAUCAUCAACGGCCAGCCUCGCACAGGCCGAGCUUGGAAAAAGAUUCUCAUCCUGGUGGAGGGCAUCUACAGCAUGGAAGGUUCCAUUGUGAAUCUUCCACAGAUAGUGGCUCUAAAGAAGAAAUACAAGGCUUACCUCUACCUCGACGAAGCUCACAGUAUUGGUGCAGUGGGCCCCAACUGCCAAGGUGUCAGAGACUUCUUUGGACUGGCCCCUGAAGAUGUGGAUGUAUACAUGGGGACAUUCACCAAAAGCUUUGCAGCUUCAGGAGGAUAUAUAGCUGGGAAAAAGGAACUUGUGGAUUAUGUUCGGAUUCACUCACACAGUGCUACUUAUGCAACAUCCAUGAGUCCCGUAAUAGCAGAGCAAAUCAUCAGAUCAUUGAAGUUAAUUAUGGGAGAAAAUGGAAACCUUGGAGGUCGACAGAGAGUACAGCAACUUACAAAAAACAUAAAAUACUUCCGACAGCGACUGAAAGAAAUGGGCUUCAUCAUCUAUGGUGAUGACUACUCUCCCAUUAUCCCUGUGCUCCUGUACAUGCCUGCUAAAGUAUCUGCUUUUGGAAGGUAUUUGCUUAAGAAAAAAAUCGCGGUGGUGGUUGUUGGAUUUCCAGCCACUUCGCUGGCAGAAGGUCGGGCUCGGUUCUGCAUUUCAUCAGCACAUACUCGGGAGAUGUUAGAUGAAGUUUUGGAAGUUGUUGAUAAACUCGGUGAUUUGCUGAAUGUGAAAUAUUUCCCAUUCAAGAAGUCAGGACACUCUGCACCUGCACUCUACAAUGAGAAGAGUUUUGACAACGAAGCAAGCUUUGAUGAGAUGAAUGUGCAACCUGAAGCAUAAGUUUCCCAGCUCUGAACAGAACAUGAAGGCUGCCAGAAGACUUCCUUCCCCCUUCAUCUCACAAGUAAUAGAACUGUAUUUUACCCCUUCCUAGGGACAAUUUUACUUUCUAAACCAGCUUAAUUGAGUGAGGGAAAUAGUCAUUUCUUUAAUGUCUCUAACCCACUGCUACAAAAUCAAAAAUAUAUAAUUCUAUAUAUACAUUUCCCUCUCCUUUGCUGGAACUACACAAAUGAAUACUUUUCUUAGAAUAUUUUUAAUGGCAAGGAGCCCGUAUUCUGGCUGCUACUCUCCAGCUUUUGAGUCAGACCUUUUCAAGGGCUCCAACUAAAUGAAAGGAUUUUGAUUUUUAACUGGGUAAUCUUACUGUGUGUUCAAGUAUGCCAUAUACACACAUGAGAAAGAGUGACAGAAAGGAGCUGAGUCUCUUGUUCAACCCAUAACAGUACUAGGAACAGUUCAUAGAUAUUGUGGGAAGUUCCAGGAAGGACAGAGGGCAAUGUUGCUUCUACUGUUUGCCACAUCUUGACUUUAUCCAAGGACAGGAAUCAAAAGACACAGUUAAUGCUUGGAUGAUAAUGUAAACCUGGCCAGUAGUUACCAGAGCCAACUUUGAAGUGAACCUUCUUUUUCCUCUUGGUGCUCUCCUACAAUUUUGUUGUUAAGUUUUGAGGACUGGAAAGUUCAUGGCUCUUGUUUUCUAAAAAGGAAGAAGUCACUUUUGGACCUAGGCUAACACUGUAAAAUUGAAACAACCCAAAUUAUGCUGGUGCCUUGCAGAGUGAGUCUAGCAUGUUCAGCCUUAAUAACUUCCUAUUUUUUUUAUUGAAUUCUGAGUACAUAGUGAAACUCAAUUUCCUUUAAAAAUUCACUAUCACCACACAUUGCCAAAUUACACUUGAAGAAUGGACUGGUUCAACAAAAUAUUUAAAAGUGUACUUUUUCUCUGUCUCUUUCAAGGCUAUGUAUCUAUAGAUACAUGCCCAGUAAAUAAUAUCCUCCAUGACAUGUCCACGCAGAUUUCAUGAGAAAUGGUAUUGCACACUUUUGUGCACUAUGAUUCAUCUCCCUCAUACACACAAAACGACACAGGAAUCUCUGAAAAAUUAGUCCUCUGCUAAUUGGUUCUAGUUGGUAUGGAAAAAGCCAGUGGAAAACCUUAUCUUUAACAAGUUCCCAGAUGGUGCCCAGACUUGGAAACUCCAAAGAGCAGUGGUGACCUUUUAGCCAAGCUUCUGUAACAGUUCGAAUGAGUUACAGAACAUUCCACUCCAUCAAAUGACACUGUAAACAAAUCACUUCAAAAGAACUUUGGCUCUGUGUGACACAGAUGGGCCCAAGCUUUCUUGCUGUGCACAGAGACAGAAAUUCAACCUGAAGCACCAAUACUGGAUGGGGCAACACUGAUACUCAAAAAGUGUUCCAAAAGACAGUGAUACUCAUGCAUAGCUUUAAAAAGAAGUAUAUCCCCCUGGUGGAUUAUAUGUUUUUCUAGUUGAUCUCUUGGUGCUGGAGAGAUGGCUUAGAAGGUGACAGAACUUAUUGCUAUUCGAGAGAGAACCUGAGUUCAGUUCCCAGCACCCAGGUUGGGUUGUUCACAACCACCUAUAACUCCAGCUCUGGGGCAUCUGAUGCCUUUGGCUUCUGUGGAUACCAGAACUCAACAUGAAUGUAUCCACAUGCAGAACCACACACAUACACAUAGUUAAAAUAUAAUAAAAAUAAAUUGUUUUAAAAAGUGGUUCCCAGUUAUAAAAUGCCUCAUAAGUGGUGAAAAGCUAAAUGAAUGUUGUGGAGAAGGUGGAAAAUAAAUGGCUAUUAUGUGCACAGCUGCCCAGUGGAAGACUGACCUGAUAACUAGAUUCCAACCCUUCCCAGUGAACUGAUGCAGCACUACUUCUGCAGAAAAAACACAUAUUAUAUAGAUGCAUAAAGCAAGGAAGAUAUGUAGGUCUUUCCUUUUUAAUAUGUGUGUUCAAUGAAGAUGUUCUUAAUAAAUCAUCUAACCAAAAUGCAGAAUACUUGGGAGUUCAAAACAGGAAAAAGGCAGUAAAGAGGGCAGAGAGAGAUCUAUGCUUGCAACCUAAAAGUAAGCAUGCCCCUUCUUCUCUAGUUCCAUCUGUUAUCAUCACCUACAGUGUCACACUUGCCUUAAGAUUUUAAACCACCAGAGAUACAGAUGUCUUCCUGAGUAAGAAUGUUCAUGCUUACUACUGGCAUGGAGGAACUUGUGUUCAGUUCAUCAUGGAGAAGAAAUUACUUUCCUGCCCAGAAUGCAGAGCAAUUGAGAAGGUUCUUCCCUUUUCAUUACGAUCUGAGGGUCAUGGGGCAACUUGUUGUCUUCCCAUACACCUAUGAAAAGACUUACUUUUGUCAGAGUCUACAAUGAUACACACUUAGGAAAAGAACUGUAAUUCCAGUGGAAUGCUUCCUGAGUUAGGAGAGACCCUGGCUUCACUGAGUAUCAAUAUGAGAAUAUAUCAUACAGAAAGUCAUGAAUUAUAAGUAAUAUUGAUUUUUACAAGGAAAGAUGUCCUCUAGGUUAGUUAAAACUGAUUUAAUUAAGUAGUAACUACUGCAUUUUAUUCAUCAGAGUUUGGGUCUGUUGGGAUCAAGGACUCUCUGAAUUAUAGUGUUUUACAUCCCAAUCACCUUCUUUGUCUGUACCCAUACACACACACACACACACACGCAUAUAUAUGUAUAGACACUUUUGCUGGUUUUGAAAUGGAAGGAGAGAAUCAACAGAUAGAUGAAUGUCUGACUGAAUGACUGAAAGAUGGAUUUACUAGAAACCAGACGCUGUAUAAACAGAAGCUGAAGGUUUCAGACUGAUAUUGUAAGGAAGACAAUUUUGUGUAAUGAAGGAAUGACAAUCUUAUCAUGGUAUGACCGUGUCAUGGAUACUUAGCCCUACUGCCCUUUGACAUGAUUUGAUUUGACAGAGACCACAGGCUUCAGAAUUUACUAGGAAGCUUGAUAACAUGACAAACCAUGUGGUUCACACAAUACCACCACUGAAUCACAGUGGUUCCCAGGACACUAUGUUUUAACAAGCCUUCCAAGGUAACUCCAACAUAUGCUGGAAAUUGUAAACCAUUAUUAGAGCUUUUGGUAGACCAGCUGACUGCUACAACAUAGCAUAGAACUUUUCUGAUUCUUUGUUGAUGUCUAAGGGUGUUUGUACUAGUUAACAUGCUUCUCCUUUCCCCCUCAAUGGGCCAUUUUCUAAGGAAUGUCUGUGUCUAUUAAAGAAAGGCCCAACAUUGAAAAGGUCUUCACAAGAUACCCUUUUUUCCUUUAUAUUCGAUUCCUUCUUUUACUAUUCUCCUCCUCAACCUUUGACUAUUACAACUCUGCAGUAGAGUGUUAUUCUUGCCAGCUCCUCGUACAUCCAAUGCUCCUCUACAUCAUCUUUCACAAGUGGCAGAUAUAUAAAAUUCUAACUCUUAUUUUAAAAUCUAUGUUCUGAAUAAUUAAGUGAUCUUAAAUACAUACUUUGAUAUAUAACAAUGAUAAUUAUGAAGAUAGUAACAAUGUAUUUGUAUUCUAUUGUCUUCCAACACCAUAGCCAGCUAGGUAGUGUUUUGUAAAUCAGGAGGAGAGUAUUUUCCUGCUUUGGGGAGAAAGCUUAUCGGUAAUGUGUUUCCCAUGCAAGCAUGAAUAUCUAGCUAAAGUCAACCCCAGCACUUAUGUAAAAAGCCAAGCAUGGUGACGUAAGCUUGUAAUCAUAACCCUGGGAAGGCAGAAAUAGGUAGACUCCUGGAAUUUGCUAGUCAACCUACAUGGCCUUAUCGAGUAGCUCCCAGUCUUAAUGAGAGACUCUCUCUUUAAAAAUAAAGUGGAUGUCUCCUAAGGAACAGCACUCAAGGUUGACCUUACACACACACACACACACACACACACACACACACACACACACACACACGAGGAGAAUAAUUUCUAAACUAUUUCUUAGUAUAUUAUUUUGUGGCAUUGUGAAAUACAGUAUAUAAGGUGUGAAUCUGUUUAUGUUUCACUGAAAUGUUUGAGAUGACCAGUUUCUCUUCAUCCCAUCUGUAAAAUGUUACUUUAAUAAACAAAUCACUAAAAUCAA